AUGUCUAAUGCCCGAAAAAGAAAGAGUCGUAGUCCGAAGCGACCCACUGAGAAGCGCGUGAUUUCGGCGAGAACCCAGAAGCUCAUUGACGAAUUCUACGAGCGACAAGAAGAAUUGCUCAAGCAUUACAAGGAGGACGAAAAAACUGUAAAUAAUGAAAUAAUUGCAAAAAAGGAAGAAGACGAACGCCUUGAAGACAGACUACUCGCUCAAGCCACUUUCGCUCUAAACAUUGCUUCGCUAAUCGGUAAUCUGCUAGCUUCCUACCUCUCAGGAUCGCUAUCAAUUAUGAGUACAUUCGUCGACUCAUCAAUGGAUAUUGGCUGCAGUCUCGUCAUGAACGUCUGUUUAGGUCUUAUGAGUCAAACCGAUGCGCAAAAAUACCCUCGAGGGCGCGAUCGACUGGAAUUGAUCGGCGUGAUUUUGUGCUCCGUUAUAAUGGCAUUCGCAAAUGUCACAAUGAUCAUGCAGUCAAUUAACUCAAUCAUUAAUAACACUGUGGACCCGCAAAUGACAAAUUUGACCAUGGCAAUAGUGGUUGUUCAAACAAUUUUCAAGGCUAUUAUAAUGUAUCUAUGUUAUAAGCGAGCUUCCACCUCUUCACUGGUUAUCGCAAUGGAUCUAAGAAACGAUCUCGUCACAAGAUCACUUGCAUUGAUCUUCGGAUACCUUGGCGACUACGUUUGGAGUCUUGCCGAUCCCAUCGGCGCUAUUAUCGUGUGCACAAUGAUCGCCGUGAUGUGGUGCCAAAAUGCCAUCGAGAAUAUUCCGCAACUGGUGGGAAUCUCUGCCGAACGCGAUCAACUAUCACGCAUAUUGCAUCUCGCGUUGAACCAUGACAAACGCAUUCAAUUCAUCGAUCAUUUUAUGAUCUACUACACCGGACAAAACGCGCAAGUCGAAUUGCACAUCGUUCUCGACGAGACACUCCCAUUAAAGAUAACUCAUGACAUUUCACACAGUUUGGAGAAAAAACUACAAAAGUUGGAGUUCGUCGAGCGCUGCUUCGUCCACGUCGAUUAUUCCUGUGAUGGAGAUUAA